UCAACAAAACCAAGCCCAAAGGGUGUCUCCUCCUUUUUUAACCUUCCACCACCCCUCCCCUCCACUUCCGCUACUUCUGCUACUCUCGGAUCGCCACUUUUUUGAUGUUCUCUGGUGGUGCUCUCUGCAGACGUCGAUGUCACCGCCUCUGGAGCAUGACUACCUAGGCUUGUCGGAGCUCCCCUCCUCCCCCGCAACCGCGGUCGAGGAACGGGUGCUCACCCUCAGUGCCACGGAGCUCAGGCUGGGGCUCCCGGGGUCGGAGACGACGGACCGCAACGACAAGGUCGGGCUCACCCUGGAGCUGCUCCCGCUCCCCAAGAGCUUCGUCUCCGGCGGCAAGAGGGGGUUCUCCGACGCCAUCGACGGUGCCGGGAACUGGCGCUUUGCCGCCGGAAAGGGUGGAUCUGAGGUGGAUUUGGGGAAAGGCGGCGGAUUGUUCUCGCCGAGGGGGGAGAUGGCCGGCGGUGGCACAGGGAAGCCCUCCGGCCAGGGGAAUGCUGGGAAGGACACGGCGGUGAAUGCUGCCGGACAGGAGAUGAAGGCCGUUGCCCAGGUCGGUGGUUCCGUUGGGCAUGAUCGGGCGAUGGCUCCUGCUGCCAAGGCACAGGUGGUUGGUUGGCCUCCGAUCCGUAGUUAUCGGAAGAAUACUAUGGCUACAAAUCCAUCUAAGAGUAAGGAUGAUGCUGAUGGAAAACAAGGAUCGGGGUGCCUUUAUGUGAAGGUUAGUAUGGAUGGAGCCCCCUACCUCAGGAAAGUGGAUCUCAAAAUGUAUGACAACUACAAGGAACUGUCAUCAGCACUCGAGAAGAUGUUCAGCUGCUUUACCAUUGGCCCAUGCGGUUCUCAUGGAAUACCGAACAGUGAUGGAUUAUCUGAGAGUCAUUUGAUGGAUCUUCUAAAUGGUUCUGAGUAUGUCCUUACUUAUGAAGAUAAGGAUGGAGACUGGAUGCUUGUUGGUGAUGUGCCAUGGGAGAUGUUCACUGACACAUGCAGGAGGCUCAGGAUCAUGAAGGGUUCAGAUGCUAUUGGACUUGCUCCAAGGGCCAUGGAGAAGUGCAAGAACUGGAACUAGGCAUCAUUGCCAAGGUUAAGUGAAUUAGAUGGUCCCAAGUUUCUUGUUGAGGAUGAAAAGUUCCAAGGGUUUAACUAAGCAGUUGUGUUGUAUCAUAUUCUGCGGUUUGCUGUUUGUCAUGGACUACGACUUUCUAUUAGCUUCCUAAGAUAUAGUAGGGACAUAAGCUUUGUAAGAUUGUGCCUUGAGUCUUUGUACGCGUCGCUUGUUAUUGUUGCUAUAUGAAUGUUUGGGUUGCUGUUUA